GUGGAUAAUAUAUUAUAUUCAAGCCCACAGAAGUCUUUUUUCUCUCUCCAAGAGAGAAUAUCACAACAAUGGCGAAAAUAUCGCCUCCCCAUGUGCUCUUCACCAGCUAUUAAUAUAAUCACUCCAUAUAUCUCUCUCCCUGUUUUUACUCUGCGUUUUCUCAUCCAAUCUCACUCUCUCUCUCUAGCAAACACACUCACUCUUUUUUCUUCUGCGCUAUCGAUUUUUCUUUGAACCAUGUCGAUUGCUCUGCAGAGCAAUGGCGGCGACGCGAUCCGACGGUCGAGGUUCAUCCACGGCGUCCCCUGCGUCUCGAUCUACGACUCGUCGGAGCCCAAGGUAUUCGCCGAGGAUCGUCGGCGAUUAGAGCGGGAAUCGGACUCCUGCAGCUCCACUUCGAUCGGGAGGAACUCCGAUUUGUCCGGUGGGUCGUCGGACGGCGAAGAUUCGGCCGAAGACGAGGUUCAGAGCUCCUUCAAAGGUCCUUUGGACACCAUGGAUGCUCUUGAGGAAGUUCUUCCCAUCAAGAGAGGCAUAUCCAAGUUUUACAGUGGCAAAUCGAAGUCCUUCACGAGCUUAGCAGAUGCUUCAUCCGUCUCUUCAAUUAAGGACUUUGCAAAGCCAGAAAAUCCCUACAACAAGAAGCGCAAGAACUUAUUAGCUCACGGUAGCCUCUGGGACAAAAACCACAACCAACCUUUGAAAAACAUUGGAGGUGGAACAUCAAAAAGACCGGCUAGCUGCAACAGAAGUGCAUCUGUUCUCUGUGAGACUUUGCGCAGCUCUGCUACCAAUGUUAAUUGCGACGACUCGAGCUCAAUUUCAACUUCGCCAUCUUGCAAUCUUCCACCUUUGCAUCCACAUGGUAAAAGGUCCCCGACCAUCGGAACUUCAUCGCCUCCUCGACAGUCUCCGCGGCGGUCUUUCUCUUUGUCUGAUCUCCAGUCUGUUGCUGCAUCAUCAACACCCAACAUAAAUGGCUUGAUCAUCUCUGGUGGAGACAAGAACAACGAACUGCAUCGACAUUUUUAGCCAUUCUUUUUCUUUUUGAUACGCAGGGUCUUUGUCUGGGACUUGGGAUUAUGUUUUUGGUGUUGAAGAUCUUCCUCAGCUGUUUCCUAGUUUAUUCUGGGACAUUUCGUGUUCACCCACUGGCUUUAACAUACUAUGUCUACGCACUUAGAAAAUGUAUCAGUUAUGAAGUUUCUCAGCUACUGACUUGAGAUGGUAUGCACUAAUGAACAAUGAUACUGUGAUAAUAUAUAAAUAUAUAAUUACAUGUACUAAAUUUUACUUUUGUUCCUCCUAAUAUUCAGGGGUAAUUGGCCAUUUUCUCAU